CCCGACAUGAAGUAGGACUGCGAAGUACUGUACAAUACAUAAGAAUUCUGCGCAAUGCUUGGUCGGGGUAACCCCAAUCCACUCGGUCGCUACUUGAUAACGAUGAUGAGGGGUUGUGAGGGGAAGUUCCCAUACCCGGCCAACUUGGCCCAAGGGAAACGGUUAUCUUACACUCGACUUACUGAUACCCUUGGGGUCAUUCUGUCCCAUACAGCUCUACUGCUUACUUCUAUUCGACCAUCAACAUGGCUUCACUGAACGACGAAAAGCUCUUGCACGACAUCCGCCCGAAGGUGUUGACCCAACCACUACACAACAGCAUCCCUCCGGAGCUGCUGUCGCGAUUUGACCCGGUCUACGUUGAGCACCACAACAAAUACGCCGCGGGAAGGCUGCAUACCCAUGAGGUUCCCAUUGAGGAAUUCCGUCGCAAUCCAGCUAAAUAUAUCAUCAGCUAUGGCCGUGCGAGCGGCCCCGAUAUUCACCGCAUCUCCGAGCAGAAAUGCCCCGUCCAGGGCGGAGAGAUAAAGGUGCGCAUCUUUGAAUCCGAAGCUGUGAUCGACGAGUAUGGGAAGGCCCAGAAGAGGGCGGCUUAUAUCAAUUUCCACGGCGGUGGGUGGGUUUUUGGCGAUCUCUCGCAAGACCACGACUUCUGUAAGACAGUUGUCGACGGGCUGGAAGGACAGCUGGUGGCCUUUGAUAUCGACUACAGGCUAGCCCCAGAGCAUAAAUAUCCAACCCCGGUAGAUGAUUGCUGGACGGCGUUCAACUGGGUCCGCAGCUUCUUCCUCCUAUUGCAGGUCCGGUCGAAGGCGGAGGAGUUCAAUAUCGAUCCCGAUCGAAUGGCGGUCGGAGGGAUGUCAGCAGGGGGACAUUUGGCAGCCGUCAUGGCUCAUCUCUGCCGUGACGCCGGCAUUCCCUUGCGACUACAGGUGCUGAAUGUACCGGUGUGCGACCUACACAGUCCGUUCAAGCCGGAUGGCACGUUCGAUCGGGACAACUGCCCGUACGAAUCGUACACGGAGAUGGAGUCGACGGUGCCACUGCCAGUCGCGCGCAUGUCCUAUUUCCACAGACAUUUCCUAGGGGUCCCAAGGCCAGCAACAUCGGAGGACUGGAAGAUCUCCCCAAUGCUAGCUCAUGAUUUUGCUGGGCUGGCGCCUGCAUUGGUCGUCACUGCUGAAAUGGACCCUCUGCGGGACGAAGGUGAAGUUUAUGCUGCCAAGCUGAAAGCUGCUGGAUGCUCGGUGGAGUUGAUGCAGAUGAAGGGAGCACCCCAUACCUUCGCCCUACUAGAUGGGAUACUGAAAUCGGGGCGGGUGUACAAUGAGAAAGUGAUUGAAGGACUGAAGGCGGUCGUCGCCAUGAAAUAGGUGCAGCAGCAGCAGCUGCUGCGUCAUGCAUACUCGG